ACAGCGCCCUCCAUCCCUUGUGUUGAGUUCCCAAGCUUCCUUAUCCUCCUCUUGUGCUGCUUGAUCAUCCACCACUCCUGCUUCCAAAUCCAUCCACGGUGCUGUAAACGAAGGGUGAAAAUGGCCGUGGAGACUGUUGUUCCCGCUAAGGCGAACCCCGCCAAGCUCGGGCCGGCGGCCAACGAGAAGGACGCUGAGAAGCUGCGGUUCAUAGAGGAGAUGACCACGAACGCUGACGCGGUGCAGGAGAAAGUGCUGGCGGAGAUAUUGAAGCGCAACGCCGAGACGGAGUACCUCCGGAGGUACGGGCUCGGCGGCGUCACCGACCGUGCCACCUUUAAGGCCAAGGUCCCCGUGGUCACCUACGAGGACCUGCAGCCGGAGAUCCAGAGGAUCGCUAAUGGCGACCGCUCUGCCAUCCUCUCCGCCCAUCCCAUCUCGGAGUUCCUCACCAGCUCCGGGACGUCGGCGGGGGAGAGGAAGCUGAUGCCCACCAUCAAAGAAGAGCUCGAUCGCAGGCAGCUCCUUUACAGCCUUCUUAUGCCUGUAAUGAACCUUUACGUGCCUGGACUGGACAAGGGGAAGGGGCUCUACUUCCUUUUCGUGAAGUCGGAGACAAAGACGCCCGGCGGGCUGACGGCGCGGCCGGUGCUGACGAGCUACUACAAGAGUGAGCAUUUCAAGAGCCGUCCCUACGACCCGUACAAUGUCUACACCAGCCCCACGGCAGCCAUCCUCUGCGCCGACGCGUUCCAGAGCAUGUACGCGCAGAUGCUCUGCGGUCUCCUCCAGCGCCACGACGUACUACGGGUGGGCGCCGUCUUUGCCUCCGGCCUCCUCCGCGCCAUCCGCUUCCUCCAGCUCCACUGGCAGGAGCUCUCUCAGGACAUCGCGGUCGGGGCGCUCACCGUCAAGAUCACCGACCCCUCCGUCCGCGCCGCGGUCUCCGAGCUUCUGAAACCGGACCCGGAGCUUGCCCGGUUGAUCGCGGUCGAGUGCUCCAAGGGUGACUGGGCGGGAAUCAUCACACGUAUCUGGCCCAACACCAAGUACCUGGACGUGAUCGUGACGGGUGCCAUGGCGCAGUACAUCCCCACCCUGGAAUACUAUAGCGGAGGCCUUCCCAUGGCGUGCACCAUGUACGCGUCCUCGGAGUGCUACUUCGGGCUCAAUCUUAAACCCAUGUGCGAUCCCGCCGAGGUCUCCUAUACCAUCAUGCCUAACAUGGCCUACUUCGAGUUCCUCCCGCACGGCGACUGCGGAGACGGCCAAAGCCACCGCCCCGGGAGGGACAAGGCCCAGCUGGUGGACCUGGCGGACGUGGAGGUGGGGAAGGAGUACGAGCUGGUGAUCACCACCUACGCCGGGCUUAACCGGUAUCGCGUGGGAGACAUCCUGCGGGUGAACGGGUUCUACAACGCGGCACCGCAGUUCCGGUUCGUCCGCCGGAAGAACGUGCUACUGAGCAUCGAGUCAGACAAGACCGACGAAUCGGAGCUGCAAAAGGCGGUCGAAAGCGCGUCGGCGCUGCUCCGGCCGUAUUCCGCUAGCGUGGUGGAGUACACGAGCCACGCGGACACGAAAGCCAUCCCGGGGCACUACGUCAUCUACUGGGAGCUGCUGGCCAAGGACAAGUCGGCCUCGGCGGCAGAGGCCGUGGGUGCGCUGGCUCGGGACGGGGUGAUGGAGCGGUGCUGCCUAGCGAUGGAGGAGGCUCUGAACUCGGUGUACCGGCAAAGCCGGGUGGCGGACGGCUCCAUCGGACCGCUGGAGAUACGGGUGGUGCGUGGGGGCACGUUCGAGGAGCUGAUGGACUACGCCAUAUCGAGGGGGGCGUCCAUCAACCAGUACAAGGUGCCGCGCUGCGUCAGCUUCCCGCCCAUCCUGGAGCUGCUCGACUCCCGCGUCGUCUCCGCCCACUUCAGCCCCGCCCUCCCCAGGUGGUCACCGCACCGCUCUGGGAACUGAGGAAGACCGGCACCCGCCGACCGGGCGGCCGUGUCGGAACGCGGACGCCCAUUUCUCCCUAAAACCCAAAAAUAGAGAAAAAAAGGUGAAAGAUCACCAGAUAUUUGACCUUCCCUUAGUCUCGCUAUGUUGAGUAACAGUAGAAUCUUUUGGCUAAUUUAACUCAGCCGAGAUGAUUUUAGACCUGUGAUUAUAUGUUUAGAACCGUCCAAUGACGACUUCAUGUAACGAGCUUAGCUUUGUUCUGAAUCAAUUCUUGUUUCCUUCAA